AUGGCUUUGUUUCCAGCAAUAGUGUUUCUGACAACUGUGCUGCUACAAUCUCUACUUGCAGGAGCAAAGGAUCCAUCCUUUUCUUCUUUGUUAACUACUCAAACCCACAUUCAAAAUGAGAUUAUCAGUAAACACAACGAAUUUAGAAAAUCGGUCUCACCACCUGCCAGCAACAUGCUAAGGAUGGAAUGGAGCAGAGAAGUAACAAUGAAUGCCCAAAAGUGGGCAAACAAGUGCACUUUAGAACACAGUACCCCAGAGGAACGAAAGACAAAUAGAAAAUGUGGUGAGAACCUCUAUAUGGCAAGUAACCCUACUGUAUGGUCAGAAGCAAUUCAAAACUGGCGCGAUGAAUGUGAAAACUUUGAAUAUGGUGUAGGGCCAAAACGUCCUGGAGCAGUAGUUGGACAUUACACUCAGCUUGUUUGGUAUUCAUCUUACCUUGUUGGAUGUGGAGUUGCCUAUUGUCCUAAUCAAAAGGAUCUAAAAUAUUUCUAUGUCUGCCAAUACUGUCCUUCUGGGAAUAAUGUGAGUAAAAAGAACACACCUUACCUCACAGGAACACCUUGUGCCAGUUGCCCUAAUCAUUGUGAAGAUGGACUAUGCACCAAUAGUUGUGAAUAUGAAGAUCUACUUAAUAACUGUGAUUCCUUGAAGACAACAGCUGGUUGUGAACAUGAACUACUCAAGGAAAAGUGCAAAGCUACUUGCCUAUGUGAAAACAAAAUCUACUAA